CACUCUCUCUCUCUCUCUCGCUCUCGGUGUGUGCGCUUAAAUGAAGCAGAUCUAAAGCGUCGCAGCUUCCAUGCGCAUCUGGAUUCUUCUGAUCCCGGCGGGUGUUGAAGGAAAUGCCUCAUUCUUGGAAUUCUUGAGGAGUGACGACAACUUUCCCCCCCCCCUUUUCCGGACUGAAUUUGAGCAGAGACACGUCGGAUGUGGACUAUGAGAGCGGAGCGAUCGCCCGGACCGAGCGGCUGGCUCUAGUCGGCGGGCGCUCGCUGGACGCUGCUGCCGGAUCCGGAGCGAUGACGCGCGGGGAGAUGCGUCGCUUGCAGCGGUUGAUGCCCGCGGAUGUUGCGGCUCGGUCGGGCUGCAUACGGAGCCUCUGGGUGGCUGUGAUCGGUCCGGACACAGACUGGGGCUGAUCAUUUGAGGAUUCUUGCUUUCUUUUCCUUUAUUUUCUCUGAGAGAAGAGAUGUCGCGCGUCUUCUUCCACGGUGAGGAUUUACACAGAUGUUUCCCUCAUUUUCCCGGCAUGGAAAGUUCAGGACUCCUGGAUGUCAAGCGUGAAACUUCUGGACAUUCCAGCUGAUGCGAUGAGACAUUUGUGUUCAACCUGACAAAAAAAAAAAAAAGACAAGAUGAAGACCAUGGCACUGAACUGGAUUGUUUAUUCAUAUUUAUAUGUGCCGGCGCUUGCUUUCUCCGGGGUCUUCAACGCGACCGACGGAGAGAUUCUGACAGAUGGCUUGCUACAAGUCAAGCUCAAACCUGACCAGUGGAAACUUAAACCCACCGUGCCUCACCCCAAUUUGUACUUCAGCCAAGUGGACGUUGCUCACUUGAAACAGCGGUCGUUCACCUCCCACGGCCAGAUAUUUAAAGUCAUCCGCGCGGCCGUGCUCUCCAUGCUGUCAAACGUGCCCUCGUACAUGCCGCCUGCCAAGCACGUGGAGUUCACCAGCAAGUGGAAUGAGAUUUACGGGAAUAACCUUCCUCCUCUGGCGCUCUACUGCCUGCUGUGCCCGGAGGACACGGCCGCCCUGCAGUUUCUUCUCAAGUAUAUGGAUCGCAUGGCGGAGUACCCGGACUGGAAAGUAACAAGUGCCCCGAAUGAUGAAGUCCCCAUCGCUCACUCGCUGACGGGGUUCGCGACGGCGUAUGAUUUCAUCUACUCCUGCCUGGACGAGCGGCGGCGGGAUGUUUACUUGAAGAAAAUACGCUCGGUGACGGAGGAGAUGUUUGAGUUGUCCAGGUACAGAGGCUGGGGCAAGCAGUUCUUGCAGAACCAUCAGACUACAAACACGCUAGCGUUUCUGAUUGGCGCCCUGGUGGUCGGCGCUCACAACGUCCCGGAGUCCAUGAUUUGGAAACAGGUGGCGGUGAGCUACAUGGAGAAGACCAUGUUCCUCCUCAACCACGUCGUCGACGGGUCGCUGGACGAAGGAGUCGCUUACGGCAGCUACACGGCCAAGUCCAUCACCCAGUACGUCUUCUUAGCUCAGCGGCACUUCAACAUCGACAAUCUUCAGAACAACUGGCUUCGAGAGCACUUCUGGUUUUACUUUGCUACGCUGCUGCCGGGCUUCCAGAGGACGGUGGGCAUCGCCGACUCCAACUACAACUGGUUUUACGGGCCCGAGAGCCAGUUGGUUUUCCUGGACACCUUUGUCAUGAAGAACGGCACCGGUAAUUGGCUGGCCCAACAGAUUAGAAAGCAUCGACCCAAGGACGGCCCCAUGGGGCAUUCGUUCGCCCAACGCUGGGCCACGCUUCACACAGAGUACAUCUGGUACAACCCCCGCCUCACACCACAACCACCCCACAACUUUGGCAGAGCAAGACUACAUAUUUUCUCCAACUGGGGCGUGGUGACGUACGGUGCUGGGCUGCCGAGCGGGCAGGGGAACACAUUUGUCUCCUUCAAGUCCAGCAAGCUAGGUGGUCGAGCGGUUUACGACAUUGUCCACGACAAGCCUUACUCCUGGGUGGACGGCUGGAACAGCUUUAACCCGGGCCACGAGCACCCGGAUCAGAACUCUUUCACUUUUGCACCAAACGGACAAGUUUUCGUAUCUGAAGCACUUUACGGGCCAAAGUAUAGCUACCUUAACAAUGUUUUGGUGUUCAGUCCGUCGCCUACCAGCCACUGUAACUCACCGUGGGAGGGUCAGUUGGGGGAGUGCGCAAAGUGGUUAAAGUGGACGGAGGAGGGGGUGGGUGACACCAGAGGGGAGGUCAUCGUCGCUGCCUCGCACAGGGACACGAUGUUUGUAAGCGGGGAGGCGGCGUCGGCCUACUCGCCCGCCAUGAAGCUAGCGAGCGUGUACAGAGCAUUAGUGUUGCUCAACUCCCAGACUCUGCUGGUUCUCGACCACGUGGAGAAGGCGAGCGACUCGCCGGUCACGUCACUCAGCGCGUUCUUCCACAACCUAGACAUCGAUUUCAAGUACGUUCCCUUCAAACUGUCGGACAGUUACAACGGGGCCAUGAUGGACGUGUGGGAUGCUCAUUACAAAAUGUUUUGGUUCGACACGCAGGGCCACAGUCCGGAGACUCGCAUCCAAGAGGCGGAGCAGGCGGCCGAGUUUAAAAAGAGGUGGACGCAGUACGUAAACGUGACUUUUCCCGUGACGGGCGCGGUCACCCGGGUCGCGUACGUGUUGCAUGGCCCCUACGUCAAAGUGUCCAGCUGUAGGUUCACGGAGAGCAGCAGAAAUGGAGUGAAGCUUUCAUUAAAUAUCAACAACAGUGAAAAAAUAGUGUCGAUAGCAACCAAUUAUAAAGAUAUAGGAGCCAGGUCGGCUUUUUUGGGAUUCGGGGGUCACUGUAAAGUGGAGGACAGGAAUCAAAUCACGAGGUACGGCCUUGGGACGCAGCUGAUCCCCAAACAAAUCACCGGUGAUAGUCAGCUGUUUGAUUUCGGAUUGGUUGUCAACGUGGUGGCGGGCGUCGUUCUGUGCGUGGCGAUCGGGUUCUUGACCCUGCAGAGGAAGUUUUACGUCUGCUUCGGCAGGCUGAUGCGCUACGCCCUGCUGUCGGUGCUCAUGCUGUGGGUGGCAGAGCUUCUCUUCCUAUCCAACAGCUGCGAUCAGCUUCUCUGCGGGGUGAAGUGGCGAGGCGAGGGGAACAAACAAAUCCGACUGUACGAGCAGCGUCAGCUCGCCCUCCCCACCAUCCUGAUCACAACCCUUCCGGGCUCCGGGGCGGAGAUACUCAAGCAUUUGUUCUACAAUAACUCUGAUUUUGUUUACAUCCGUGUACCUACUGAGCAUCUGGACCUUCCCGAGACCGAGUUUGAGUUCGAUUCCCUGGUGGACGCGUGCGAGUGGUCGAGGUCGGACGCAGCCAACGGUCGGUUUAAGGUAAUUCAGGGCUGGCUGCACUCGCUGGUCCACAACACCAAGCUGCACUUGCAGAACAUUCAGCUGACAGAGGGCGGGCGGGCGAGGCAGACCCGUGAGAGAGCCGCGCUCUCCCGGGACCGGAGGAAGAGAUCCAGGAGGAGGGAGCCGGUGUCAGAGCUGAAGGGCAAACUCAGCACCAGUGUAGACAGGGACGCGGAGUACGUGAGGGAGAUGAGACGGCACAUCGCUGAGUUCCCCAACGCCCGCGUGGUGCUAAACAUGCGCAGCGGAAGCUGGGCCCUCAAGCUUCCCUUUAUUCAGGAGGUGGUGGGACCUUCUCUGAGGACCAUCUACGUGGUCCGAGACCCUCGUGCCUGGAUCUAUGUCAUGCUGUAUAACAGCAAGCCCAGCCUGUACUCGCUGAAAAACAUCCCGCAGCACCUUUCCUUGAUAUUCAAGGAGGACGCCACCAAGGAGGGCUGUGCCACCUCCGCGCCAGAGUUCAAAACUCUUCGGAUGCUUUUGUCCCAAUCGGAAUCGAACCCCGUGUUGAUCCUAGCUCACCUGUGGUUGGCACACACUGCCGCCGUGCUGAGACUGAGCGAGACCCUGCCCGAGGAGUCGUGCCUCCACGUGAAGUUUGAGGACAUUGUCAACUUCCCGCUGGAAACGGCGGAGAACAUUCACACCUUCUUGGGGGUGCCGGUGUCGCCGGCGGCCCUCAACCAACUGGCGUUCACUACUUCGACCAACCUGUACAAUCUCAUGUACGAGGGGGAUAUUUCGCCCGCCAACAUCAACGUGUGGAGGCGGAACAUGCCGCGCAAGGACGUGAGGACGAUCGAGGACGUGUGCUGGAGCGUCAUGAGGCGCCUGGGUUACACCAGCUAGGUCGCUGCUGCUGGUCAGCUGAGCUGUCUGUGUUCACUGUAGCUGCCACCUUGUUUUGCACUGAAAUGUAGAGGGAAGUUUGCUGCUGAUGUUCAGGUUUGUUUUCUGUCGACGGCUACAGCACAUUCCUCCUCCAGUGAACCGUCUGUUUGCUUGCAGCACUCAGCUCCAGUAUGAUUUCCUCCUCACGCGUUUGUGUCUUAAAGAGCUCUGAAGUGUCCUGAAACAGCUCACUUUUCUACUGUGUCUUAGUAAAAGAUUAAAAACCGAGACUUCUCAAACACCUGAUUCUGCUUCUCUGUGUGCAGUGUUGAAGAUGUUCUGGUGUCAUUUCGGGAAGGUUUGUGAAGCUGCAUGGAGUGUUAGCCGGGAGAAGUGCCAGAUUUUGAGCAAACACCCGUUAAAUAU